CGUCCGUCUUCUUGUAACAUUUUAUUAUGUUUUAAGUCAAUGGUUUUAUCUCAAUUGUUUUAGAGUUCCGGCUUCAGUCUCUAGAUUUGAAGAUAACAACAAAUUCAAAGUCAAUUGAUUUUGAUAAGUUCUUUGUUCGGUUACCUGUAUAUAAAGGAGAAUCUAAAUUACAGACAGAUAUUCAAAAAUAUCACUUAUUUAAGUAAACACCUAACUCAAAAAUUUAAAAAAAAGUCGAAAAAUGGCAUUUAAAUAUACCAGUUUUUUGAUUAUUGGAUUUCUCUUGGCAGUGUCCUGCGUUCUGAGUACCCGAGCAGUCACUUGUCCUACCGAUGAAGAUGAUCUCUCAUACAUAGAAGACCCUACAGACUGUUCGUAUUUCUAUGAAUGCAGUAACGGGGAAGCCACCAGGUACCAGUGCCCUGCCGGUACCUACUACGACCCAGACAUAGUUCGAUAUCUUGCCGCUGACGGAGUCGACUGUGGUACCAGAUCAACAACAGCUAGUGGUUCUAGCACUACCAGUGCUAGUUCCAGCACUACAAGUGCUACCUUUUAGACCUUCAAAAAUCUCCCUAUAAUGACAGCCUGUAUUUAAAACAUCCUAAAAUAAAAUUUAA